AUGCAGGAAGUACCACAAGUGCAGAUAGAGGAGGAACAAAUGAGAGCUUUUUUAUUAUUUAUAAUCAUUGUACGAAAGGGACAACGACAGAAGUGGAAGGAACUGGUUAGUGCCGAAAAAAGAAGCCUAGAGGUGGAGAAGCGGGUACGUAGGGAGCCAAUAGAGAUUGGGGUGGAGCUUGGUUUGCACUUGAGGAACACUAUCAUGGAGAAUAUGUAUGAUUGUGAAACUGGUAUGGCAGUAGAGAUCGGCCAAAAUGGGUCUCCACGAUCACCAUGA